AUGCCACCCUCGUCGCUUGUCGUGGCCGCGUGUGCCAUUGCAAGCCUCAACUGCGGCACUCUCUACAUCUUUGGCGCCUUCUCCCCGCAAGUGUCCGCUCAAUUGCACUACACGGCGGCCCAAACAUCGCGGAUCGCUAUCGCUGGCCAGUCAGCAGCAAUAUUGUCGGGGCCCUUCGUAGGCCGCGCCACAGACGUUCUGGGUUAUACCGGCCCGUGUGCGAUUGGGGCAUUUUUGAUCUCGCUCAGCUACUAUCUGUUUUACCGUCAGUUUGCGGCUGCCACCUCCAGCUUGGCAUACAGCUGUGUGCUGUUUGCGUUUGUCGGAGUUGGAAGCACGGGGCUCAACACGGUGUGUGUCAAGUGCAGCAUGGUGACGUGGUCCAGCCGCAAGGGACUCGCGGCGGCGCUGCCCAUUGCGUGCUACGGGGCCAGUGGGGUGCUGUACUCGCGGCUCGGGAGCUGGCUCGCAGCAGGCGACACGGCCGGGUUCUUGAAGAUCGUCGCUUUUGUGUCGAUGGGGAUUUCUGUGAUUACGACCCCAUUUGUGUGCCUGUGUGACUGGAAACGCACUUACGUGCCGGCCCCAACAACCCCCACCACUGUCGAGCUACAGUCGCUAAGCUCCCCCACUCCUGCCACGCCGCAUUCGAAGGACCCUCCGCGCCACGCGUUCCAGACCAAGGACUUCUGGUACGUGGCGGCUGUUUUGGGGCUGUUGUCCGGGAUAGGCCAGAUGUUCAUCUACGGGCUCGGCGUGAUUGUGUGCUCGCUGUACGGGGGAAGUGAGCUUGCCAUCAAGGACAUCAACGCUUACGAUGUGGCGGUGCAGGAACACCAGCACGGCCAGGUUUCCCUGCUGUCGCUGUGUUCCACGGCCGGUCGGCUGCUGGGCGGGCUCAUUGCAGACGAGUUCCACUCGCGAACACGCACGUCACGUGCCAGCCUGCUUUUGAUCCCACUGUUCCUCAUUGGAGCCGUGCAAAUAGGGGGCUAUUUUUUCGUCAGCCUGCGCGAGCUGUCAAUUUUAACUGUGGGGUUGGGACUUGGCUACGGGGCACUGUACACAUUGACGCCGCUGGUGGUGAGCGACCUGUGGGGGAUGAAGAACUUCAGCACGAACUGGGGGCUGUGCAACACGUCCCCCGCGGUGACAAACCUCGUGCUGAGCACGGUGUUUGCACGCAACUACGACUCCCACACGGUUCCUGUCGAGAUCGACGGCGAGACCCGCGCGGUGUGCGAGCUUGGCUACCGCUGCUACAACCGCGUCUUUGCGGCCACUUUCGCACUGUGUAUCACCGCUUCUUUGUUUUUGUGGCAGCUCGUGGCCCGCAGCUCCCACCAGAUGCAACAAAAGAGGAGACCCAGCAUAUAA